CUCCCUCCCGCCCAUCCCCCAGCCCCUCGCCCCACUCCCCUUCCCCUCCUUUGCUUCAGGGCAGUCUCAUGGCUUGUGGGCGAGGCUGUUUUCCUCCCAACCCCCUGGGAAUGCCUCCUCUGGGACCUGGGCCUGAGGCUGUAAUAAAUGCGCAGCAGAGCUGCGGUCCAGCACCCUGGGGCCUCCCCACCUCCGCUAGCCUCCCGCGCUCCCGCUAGCCUCCCGCGCUCCCCGCCAUCGGCGUCAUGCUCGAGAAGGCCCUGCUCCUCUCCGCUUGCUUCGCCCUGGCGGUGACUUACCCCGCAAUGCUUCAGGAAUUCAUCACUGACUUAGAGUCAACCAUUGACCUAGAGUCGACCACUGGCCUAGAGUCGACCACUGACCCGGAGUCGACCACUGGCCUAGAGUCGACCACUGACCCGGAGUCGACCACUGGCCUAGAGUCGACCACUGGCCUAGAGUCGACCACUGACCUGUCAGACUUGACCACGCACCAUGACUUCACUGAAGAUGCAGAAACAACAACUGACGUGUAUUUGGAGAACACACAGACUUUUGAAUUGCCUACUAAUGUGGAAUUAAACACCCUGAGCUCUAAGGAAGAAGCCACUGAGGUCACAGAGGAGCCCGGCACCUCCACGGGAAGCAACGAGUCCAACACAGUGUUUUUUGUUUAGAAAAUGAAGCAGAUUCUCAUUACCUGUGACCAUCGCUCUACUAACCACAACUUUCUAAGAAGAUUCUGAGCCUCUGAACAAGCCUUCCAUUCCAUUAUAGGAGCUUGAAUAAUUGUAAAGACUAGUGAGACAUAGGAGGUACCUACUUGAGGAUAAACAGAGUGGCAGGAAUUAUACAGACAGAAGAGGGGCAUCUCUU